AUGAGUGGUAAGUUUAAUGGGUUGAAAGCUUUGAUCUUGAGUGAUAAUAACUCGACAUUUUAUAUACAUUGUUUUGCCCAUCAACUUCAGUUAGUAGUUGUGGCGGUUGCAAAAAAACACGAAGAUAUUAAGGACUUCUUUGAUUUGCUUGCCUCGGUUGUUACUGUUGUAAACUCUUCAUGCAAACGAAAAGAUAUGCUACGAGAAAGUCACAAAGAGAGAAUUCAAGAAGAAAUUGGAAAUAACGAAAUUGAGACUGAUAAGGGGUUAAACCAAGAGAUUUCCCUUGUACGAGCUGGAGAUACACGAUGGAAUCCUCAUCUUAAAACAAUCGUGAGUUUGAUGGCUUUGUUUCCGGAGUUUAACAAAUCAAGCUUAUUGAAGUUGAGUCAGAUGUAUCCCCGAGAUUUUGAAGACAAGGAAAGGAUCAUUCUUGAGCACGAACUUGACAUCUACAAUCAUUCUGUUUAUAAUAAUGUCAGAUUUGCCAACUUAAACGGUAUUGCCGACCUCGCCAGAUUGAUGGUGGCAACAAGAAAGCAUCUUUCUCAUCCUUUAGUCUACCGGUUAUUGAAGCUAACACUGGUUUUGCCUGUUGCAACUGCUAUGGUUGAAAGAUGCUUUUCGACGAUUUAA